AUAAUAUUUGUAAUCUUCUCGUAAAUAUGAUUAGGGACUGAUGGCGAAAACUCAAAAGUAACUCUCUUCUUCUCCUUCUGUCUUUCAUUCCAGUCGUCGAAUCCAAUUUGUAACAGGAUGGGGGAGCUGUUGGUGGGAAAGCAUGUUAAGUACAUUAUAACAGUUGAGAAGAGGAAAGAUGAUUUUGAAUCUGUGGUGAUGGAGCAUUUGAGAUUAAAUGGGGCAUACUGGGGGUUGACAACUCUGGAUAUCAUGGGCAAGCUUGCUGCUGUGGAGCAAGAUGAAGUUAUUUCAUGGGUCAUGCAGUGCCAACACGGAUCUGGUGGAUUUGGUGGUAAUAUUGGACAUGAUCCGCAUGUGUUGUAUACACUUAGUGCUAUUCAAGUCUUGGCGUUAUUUGAUAAAUUACACAUCCUUGACAUUGAUAAGGUGUCAAAUUAUAUUGCAGGCCUGCAAAAUGAAGAUGGGUCAUUUUCUGGCGAUAUAUGGGGUGAAGUCGAUACACGGUUCUCUUACAUUUCAAUCCUUUCACUCGCAUUGCUGCAUCGGUUAGAUAAGAUUGAUGUUGGAAAAGCAGUGAAAUAUAUUUUAAGUUGCAAGAAUGUGGAUGGUGGAUUUGGAUGCACACCUGGAGCAGAAUCUCAUGCGGGGCAAAUUUUCUGUUGCGUGGCAGCUCUCGCAAUUACAGGAUCUCUACAUCAUGUUGAUAAGGACCUCCUUGGUUGGUGGUUAUGUGAAAGACAAGUCAAAUCUGGGGGUCUAAAUGGGCGCCCAGAGAAGCUUCCUGAUGUUUGUUACUCUUGCUACAUUGAAAUUUCUAUCGACAAGUUAGUUUUAAGUGUUACUGAUAGUCGUGUUGUUGCUCCUCAGGUCUGCUACUCUUGGUGGGUUCUUUCCAGCUUAAUCAUGAUUGACAGGGUUCAUUGGAUUGACAAAAAAAAGCUUGUAAAGUUUAUUUUGGACUGUCAGGAUAAGGAGAAUGGUGGAAUUUCAGAUAGGCCAGAUGAUGCAGUUGAUGUCUUCCAUACUUACUUUGGAGUUGCUGGGCUUUCGCUUCUUGAAUAUCCAGGAAUAAAGCCGAUAGAUCCUGCUUAUGCCUUGCCUGUUGAUGUUGUAAACCGAGUUAUGCUUGGCAGAUAAUCUCUGGUUUUGCUCCAUGCUAGCUUAUAACGACAUCCUCUUGCUAUGAGAUUAGCAGAAAUAGUUUCACUUGAAACACGGUUUGCGUUACUAAUGCUGUAACAUUUUCGUCAUAAUGCCUCUUUCAAGAAGAAGCAAACAAAAGACGGAUCCAGGAUUUAAACUUGAUGGUUCAACCUUUGUAGUUUUUAGCACUUUAACUCAUUAUAAUUCUAAAGUUACAGGUUCAGAUUUGA